AUGAUUUCAAAAGAUUUUCUUAUUAUUUAUGGUAGUCAAACAGGUCAGGCUGAGGCUAUUGCUAAACAAAUUGGGGACCGUUUCAUAAGGAAUGGAUUUAAACCAAGAGUAUAUUGUAUGAGCCAAUCAGAAAAAGAAUUUUUUAUUGAAAAAGAAAGUUUUAUUGUAGCUGUAAUAUCAUCAACAGGUGAUGGUGAUCCACCAGAAAAAAGUGCUAGAUUUAUUAGAAGAAUUAGUAGAAAAAGUCUUCCAGUAAAUUGGUUAUGUAAUUUGAAUUAUGCAUUAUUAGGUCUAGGUGAUUCAAAUUAUUCAUCUUUUCAUUUUAUCCCAAAAAAAUUGGAUAAAAUUUUAAAAAAUCACGGAGCAAAGAAUAUUGUUGAAAUAGGAUUAGCUGAUGAUCAAAUUGGAUUAGAGUUGACUGUUGAACCUUGGAUUGAUAAUUUAUUUACAAAAUUAAAUAGUGACAAAGAUACAAUUAUAAAUCAAAUGGCAGAAGUUAUUUUAGAUAAUAAUUUAACAGAAAAUAUUACUCUUCAAAGGGGUAGUGAAAAUUUAAGAAAUGAAAAAAAUUUAAGAGUACCACAACCAGCUAUAGAAUAUUUAGCUUCAUCUGUAACUCAUGAACAGAUAACAGAUUUUACAUCAAUACCAUGGCAAAAUGAUUCAAAAUUUCCAGGUCAAGGGAGUCCAUUUUAUGAGGCUGAUGUUGUAGGUGUUAUUUUAAUUACAGGAAAUGAUAUAAAUGGGGUUAAAGAAAAACGUGAAAUUCAAUUAGAAAUAAAAACAGGGUUUGAUGAUCUUUUAAAAUAUGAACCUGGUGAUUCAUUUUAUUUUAUUACUCCAAAUGACAAGAAUGAAGUUGAAAAUUUGUUAUCAAAGCUUAAUCUUCUUACAAUUGCUGAUCAACAGUUAAAAUUAUUUAUUCAACCAGGAACAAAAAAAACUAACCCAACAAUUCCUGAUUAUUUACCUAAUAAUUCAACAUUACGUUAUAUAUUUACAUAUUGUUUAGAUAUUAGAAGAACACCUGGUAGACCAAUUUUAAGAAUUUUAGCCGAUGAUUGUACAGAUGAUGAUGAAAGACGACGAUUAUUAGAAUUAUGUUCAGUUCAAGGGAUGUCUGAAUUUAAUAACCUAAUUCGUAGUACUGGUGUAACUUUAACGGAUGUCUUAGUAGCUUUUCCAUCCUGUGAACCUAAUGUUGACAGAUUAUUAGAAUUAUUACCUAGAUUAAUACCAAGACCAUAUACUGUAUCUUGUCAUCAUUCAUUAUGGAAAAAUAGACUUCGUUUUGUUUAUUCAUUAAUGGAAUUUCCAGCUGAAAAUGGAAGACAAGAAAUUAGAACUGGAUUAGCUACAGGGUUUAUAAAAAGUUUAAAUGUUGGUGAUAAAUUAAUGAUAUGUUUAAAGGAAACUUCAAAGUUUAGAUUACCACCAAUUAGUAUUAACAAUGAGACUGAUGGAUAUGAUAUUCCAUUAUUGAUGAUUGGUCCAGGUACAGGUGUAGCACCAUUUAUAAGUUUUUUACAAAAAAUUCAAACAUUAAAAUUAAAGAAAAAUGAUAACAAUUUUUGUAAUGUUCCUCGUUAUUUAUUUUAUGGAUGUAGAGAUUUAAAGAAAGAAUUUUUAUAUGAGAAUGAAAUAAAAAUUUUUGAACAAUUAGGUGUAUUAACGAAAGUGUUUACUUGUGAAUCACGUCCACAAUCAGAGAUUAAUUCUCCUAUUAAACAUGUUCAAGAUCUAUUAAAACAUAACAAAGAUGUGGUUAUAAAUUUUUUAAAAAUUCCAAAUUCAAAAAUAUAUUUGUGUGGUGAUGGUAUAGGAAUGUCAAAAGAUGUUUAUCAAUGUUUUCUUGAAAUUAUUAAAGAAACAUAUAAUGUUGACAAUAAUGAAGGAAUAACAAUUUUAAAUGAACUUAAAAAAAAUGAAAGGUAUAUAGAAGAUGUUUGGUCAUGA